AUGACUUCAUCAUUACUCUGUCAUCCUGAUACUGUAAUAUCUCCUUCUUCUACUCUGGUUCCGAUCCAAGCUUUGAGUAAAAUUCCUCGUCUAAAACCCGCUCAAUCCAUAUCUUCACCAUCAUCAUUUUCUGCUACUGUUGCUCCUAUUGCCGCCGCAUCUACUAAUGUAGUAGAAAAUGGUCUUCCUGUUUUUGAUCAAACCAAUACCUUGCGUAUUUACCAAGGCAAAAAUAUCGUUUUUUUUGGAGACAAUAAUAUACGGAAGAACUAUCGUGAUCUAUUACGGUUAUUACAUAAGGGUAAACUUAUGAAUGAUGCUGAACUUAAAACAGGACAUACAUAUCAUCGACCAUAUGCCAAUACAUGUGUGAUUAAAGAUACUCCUUUAUUUUUUUUUCUAUUAAUGUUAAUUGAGUUCAAACAUUUUUUAAAAGAUGAAGUUCAAAUUGAAACAAGUGGUAUUCCCGGAAUGUACAAUCAAAUUGAUUGUCGUCGUUUUGUUUGUGAAGCUUCAUCGACCGUAGUGUAUUUUAUUCAUCUGGGAACUAUUUUCAAUACAAAUUGUCCGUUAAAUAUUGAAUGGUUGCAACAAAUUACGCAGGGCGAUCCCAUUGAUGUUCUAGUGGCAUCGUGCGCUUAUCCAGAUUUAUCCUUUCAUCGAUUAGAGAUAAUGAAUUGGAAUUUUCAAACCACUCUACAAAGAUUCGAAUCAGAAUUGCCUAUUGUUUUAACAAAAUUAAAGUUUGCUUUUUCUCGUCGCGAGAACAAUCAACCAAUUCUGAUAUGGAUAUCACCUAUUCCACAUACGAUUUCGAAUGACAUACAAAAUCGUCAAUUUGUUGAACUUACUGAGAUCUGUUUGAAUAUAACCAAUCAGCUCGAAUUCAAACAUUUAACACGUAUGCAUCCAUGGUGCGAUAAUUAUAAGAGUUUGUUUGUCAAAGAUAAAUGUCACUUUUCACCUACAGGAAUUCGUCAUCUCACGAAUCAAAUAACUGAAAUUAUUUCAAACAAACAGCAUCGUCAAUCAUAUGUUGAUCUUCUACAACCAAUUAAUGUACCCAUUCUGAUUUCUCAACCACCAUUUCCAAUCGUCGACUUAACCUUUCCUCAUCUGACAGAUUUGAAAAUUAAACAGCGAAAAAAAGUUCGCAAACGUCGUCGCAAGAAACGUCUCAAUCUCAGUGACAAACUAAAACCAACCUAA